UGUGUUUUCACUGUCUCGCUGUUGUUCCCGCAAUUCCGCUACUGCCAAAUCAUCAAAUUGCAAGUUGGGUUAUCAACUAAACUCUAAUUUAUCAUAAAAAUUCAAUUUUUAGUUAUCUUUUUGCAUUAUUUCUGCAUUUAUUAUCUGGGUUUAUUGAGUUUUUCUGUUCUUGAGAUGAAAUUCACAUGAACUCAUGUUGGAACCUAUACUUCUGAUCUAAGAUCCAAGACCCAUAUCCUGGAAUUAUGAUAGUUAACACACAAUCUGUUUAUUUCACUGUAGGGAAAUAAUUUUGGUUACUAUCAAGGUUAGGCAAGUUGGGUUUGAAAGUAAAAGAAGAAUAAAGAUCUGGUAAAGUAACUACUGGGAAAAAUUCGUUUUUCUACAUAGGAAUGUCUAAAAGAAUGUCUUUUUGUCAGCUGUGGCAACGGAAAGAAACUUCAAAGAAGUCAAAAUAGGAAGGAAAAGAAAAAUCUUUUGGAUGAGAUUUCAGCCUGUAAUCAGGGGCGGAUGUAGUGUGUUACCAACGGGUUCAAUUGAACCAAUAACUUUAGACGCAGAGUAAAAGUUUAUUAAAAUCGCAAAAAUAGUAGAUAUGAACCUUUAACUUUAAAAAUAUAAUGUGUUAAUGCUAAAACCCUUAAAAGUUAAACCCAUAUAAUUUAAAUCCUGGAUUCGCAUCUGCCUGUAAUGACAUAUUAUGUUCCAUUCGAAGCAAAAGUACCUUAUGAACUUCCUUCUUUUUUCAUGAUUCAGGUGCUUUUAAUUGAUUUUCUUUUUCUGGCCUUCCAUAAAUGAUUUUAUCAAGUUAUACUUCAUCCAUUCUGUUUUAUUUCACAUGUUGGUAGCACUAUGGCGGGAGUCGUGAAUAAGUUCUUUAUCACAUCUUUGAUUAUGUGGGCAGCUCCCGUUGCAAUUUUGUACGCCUUUAACCACAGCUUAAUUCCUGGUGUAACUGACAUGUCUCCUCAUUCUAUGACAUUACUGAGCGGAUUUGUUGCCGUCAUAUCAGUCAAUGUGGUUAUUGCAUUUUACAUAUGCUUGGCAAUGCGAGAACCCUCAGAUAAACAUGAACCUGAUCCUAAAUUCCUGGCAGAGGCCAAAGCUAGCGUAAAGCAGUUAGGGAAAAAUCAAGAUGGUGAUUCAUCAGAAACCCGCUCCAAACAAGAGUGAACGAAAGAUAAAAGGACAUGAAGUUUCUUGACAUGCAUACAGAUUCCAAAAUUUGAAGAAGGCAGCAAAAAAUGGUGAAAUCACUCGACGAGUGCUUUAAGUUUCUUCGCUGUAUUGAACUUGCCGUUCUAACUUUGAGGGAGAAGAGUGCACAAUCAUUAUAAUCUUCCACUUGGUUGUAAUAUUUAAAGCUUGUGAUCGUUGUGUGGAGAACUUUGUUUCCAGUUUAACUUGGUUAUAUUGGUUGGUGCAUAGCACACCACACAUUUUGCUUAUAGUUUGGCUUGUACUUUCAUCUUCAUUCCACUUCUUGGUUCAUAUAUUUACGUUGUAUCUGGCUCAUGAAUAUCAUUCACGAUCAGUAUAGAUAAUUAUUUGACCUCUCC